UUAUUCUCGAUUUUUAAUAAUUUGAUCGCGACCUAAAAUGUCAUCGAUAUCUAUCGAAGAAGAAACUCCUUCAACAAGCAGUGCUAUAUUCGGAAAUGAUCAGAAUAAUGACCAUAUAGAUCAGUCACCUUUAUUAGGUGAAAGUAUAGAUGUCGAAGUUGAAAGCGAUUGCGAAGAUGAAUUAACCGGGACUGCCAAUUAUUUAUCUUGUACGGUAAAUCUUGCCAACACUAUUCUUGGAACAGGCAUGUUGGCCAUGCCAGCAGCCGUAGCAUCAGUUGGACUUUUAAUGGGUAGUAUGAUGAUAGUUUAUGCAGCUAUCACUUCUGGGCUUGGAUUAUAUUUUUUAUCCCGUAGUGCUUCACACACAUAUGGACGUAAUUCCUCAUUUUUUGCCGUAUCAAAGUUAACAUACCCAUCAGCUGCUUUAUUAUUCGAUGCUGCAAUUGCCAUAAAGUGUUUCGGAGUUGCCGUUUCAUAUUUAAUCAUUGUUGGUGAUUUGAUGCCACAAGUGAUAAGCGGUUCCUUGGGUGAUAAGUUUGCUGAUGAAUAUUCUCUACUUAUGGAUCGACGAUUUUGGAUAACUAUUUUUAUGUUUGUUAUUAUACCUUUGGCCUUUUUAAAGAGACUUGAUUCUUUAAGACAUACUAGUUUUAUUGCAUUAAUUGCUGUAGUUUAUUUGGUAUUUAUUGUUAUUUAUCAUUAUUUUGGACCUGAUUAUAAGGCUCCUCCAAAAGAAAAAUUGCAUUAUAUAAAAUUUUCAACGAAAUUCUUUACAAAUUUACCGAUUUUCAUAUUCGCUUUUACGUGUCAUCAAAAUGUAUUUUCCAUUUAUAACGAACAUAUAGAUAAUAGCCAAGCAAGCAUCAACAGAGUAAUUUUUAGUGCAAUCGGUACUACGGCUACAGUUUAUCAAAUCAUUGGACUAUUGGGAUAUCUGAGCUUUGGUGAUGAUGUUUUACCUAAUGUCAUUUCAAUGUACGAAACAAGCGUUUUUGUUACAAUUGGCCGAGUAGCAUUUGUAAUAUUGAUACUUUUCUCUUAUCCGUUACAAGCACAUCCAGCUCGUGCUUGUUUAGAUAAAAUAUUUUCAUUCGCAUCACCUUCUAGAAAUGGUUAUAGUAAGCUUUCUUCUCUAGACAUGUCAAAUAUUAAGUUUAUAAUAUUAACUACUGGUAUUUUAAUAUCAAGUUAUAUUAUUGCGAUCCUUGUAUCAAAAUUAGAUUUGGUCCUUGCAUUUGUAGGAUCAACAGGAUCUACCACAAUUUCUUUUAUAUUACCAGGAAUAUUUUAUUACAAAAUUCAUGAAAAUGAUCCAUGGGACAAAAAGAAAAUAUUAGCAACUUUUUUGGCUUUUUAUGGAUUAUGCGUCAUGGCUAUCUGUUUAACUUUAAAUAUUAAAAAAGUUGCUUCUGGAAAUUAUUAAAUUGUUAGAUAUACUUGUGUUAUUUAAACAUGUAUUAUGUAUAAUGUGAAUUAGAUGUUAUAUGUACUAGAAAUUUUAUAAUAAUAGAAAUUGCCUUUAAUAUGCAAUUGAAAUUUUCUAUAAUA